AUGCAUUUCCUCGCCUCUCUCUGCGUCGCCGCCCUCUUCCCCCUGACCUACGCCGCCGGCAAUGCCAUCGUCUACAACAACUGCACCGGCCCGGUCUACCUCUGGUCGGUGGGAUCGUCCGUCAGCCCCAGCCAGACGCUCAAGCUGGGCGAGGACUACACGGAGGGAUACCGGCGGGACAACCGCACGGGCGGCAUCACCAUCAAGAUCACCCGCACGCCCGGCGGCCUGUACGACGGCAGUCCCCAGACGGACUUUGCCUACACGCUCGACGGCAACAACCAGAUCUGGUACGACAUCUCGGAUGUGUUUGGCGACCCGUUCGCCAACAGCUCCGUCUCCGUCGUCCCCACGGACCCGUCGUGUCCGGUCAUCAGCUGGGCGAACGGCAUCCCGCCGUCGGGGAGUCAGACAGCCGUCUGCAGGGCGGAUUCGGAUGUUCAAUUGUCGCUUUGCGCGGAUGCAAAUUAG